AUGACUUGCAUCUUAGUGACCUCUGCUGUGACUGUGUAUGAUAAGUUCCUGUAUCAAACUUCACAGUUACCACCAUCAGACAACGGUGUAACUUCACAUGCACUGUUACCAGGGAGAAUGAAGAGCAUUACUGAAUGCAUGGGCUUUGGCUUUUCAUUGAGGCAAGAACCUUGGGGUGCCAUAAAGACCACUCUAGAGUAUCUGUGGGAUGUUUACUCAAAGCCGACCCAGGCUGCCAAGGAGGUCCUGACGUUACUUUCUAUGUGUUUCAUUAUCGCCAUGGUGACUGGUGGUUUCCUCUACCAUUGGAUGACAGAGAUCCUGAGAUAUGACAGUGGUACUUCCAGCACUGCUGCCUGCAUCUAUAGCGUGGCCAUCCUUUUCCUCUCGUUCCUCUGUCAUCCUCUCCGUUGUGUGCUAACUAUGAUCUUGCCCACUCUGGGCACCAAACAGGGGCGCAAGCUGAUCAUUUCCACCUCUGUGAUUGUGUUAGUGUUGAGCAUCAUCCUUAACAUAACCGUUAACAUGGGAGUGGUGAUGCACGUUUUAAAGUGCACCUCUGAAGGUUUUGUCCACUCUCUUUUAAACUCAUCUGAGCUGUUUCAAGAAGCAAAGAGAGAUCUUGUUAGAGAGACUAUCAAAGUGAAACAGGAAGAACUGAAUAUUGUUAACAGAUUGAGGAAAUUUGAUCAUUUUACACACAUUGAUGUGUCAAAGGUCAAAAAUACAUUUGUUACUGUAAGCAAGCAGAUUGAGAGUGACUUUUCACGUGCCAAUAAACUGCUGGAGGAUUAUAAACUUCUGUCAAACAGGAUUCUGGCGGCCAUCUUUCUAAUCUACCUGAUAGUUGAAUCAGCCUACUACCUGAAGUCCUAUGUCAUUUCAGUUAAGUUUGACAACGUUUACAUCACAAGACAGUUGCUGCAAAAAGCAUCUGAUGAUGGAAUCCAGAUAGAGCCAACUAACUUGAAAAAUAUGGUCAAUUCCACAAGUUGUAAAAUAACAAAACAGGAAUUUACCAGAUGUCUUGCUCCCAUAGUAGUGGUGACUUUGUAUUUAAUUGUUAUUAUCUUCAUAAUGGUUUUGGAUCACAUUGUGUACCAUCUAGUUACAUUGAGUGGGCCUUGGCUGCAGGAUGUUCCAGCUACAUCUGUCAGCAUAGCGGUGAAAUAUAAGAUUCACCUGCGCUUUCCAGGUCUAUGUAUUAUCCCAGCUAUCUGUAGGGAUACAGAACUGGCAAACUUCCACAAGCAGUAUGACUGGACAUUUAGCCCAGAGGCUUUACGCUGUCAUAUUGAGCCCUCUGCACCAGACCUGAGAGUUAGGGUCUUCCUGGGACUACUCUGUCUGGUGAGCUACAUCAUGGUGUUGCUGGAGGUCUACGCCAGGCGCAUCCGCAGAAAAGUGUCUGCAUCCUUCUUCAAAACGCAGGAGGAAAAAAGAAUUAAUUUCUUAUUGAAGAAGAUACAGGCGAAACAGGACACAAGAGAAAACAAUAUAUUUUUCAUCGAAGCUGUGAAUGAGACCAGCGUUCACACAAACCAAAACGUAAAUUGAAGCUUAUCUUGCUGUCAUUAUAUGUAGUUUAGGGAGACCUCUGCUUUUAAUACGUUCACUACUCCUCUUGAGUUUUUAUAAUAGAUUUAUUUUAGAAUUGGAGAAAACCUUCCUCAGUCUCCCCAGCAGUCAGCUGAGAGAAUUUGUUGAUUCGAUUUGUCCAUAUUUUCAGAUUGAACUGAUUCUGCAAUAUACAAAUGAAAAACAUGGAAUAAAAAAUGUAACUUCAAAGUGAUACAAGCAUGCUUAUCCCUGUGUUAAAAUACAAUUGAUGAAUUCAGUGCCAACAUCCUGCUCUCCAUGAGCCAAAGGGCCUGUUGAAAACAGGACAGGGCAUCCUGUUACUGAGUCACAGUCAUAUGACCUUUCUCCUGGUCGUGGAGCACCCCUUUUACCCCCACACUGCCUCGUCUCAACAACACUCAUGAAACCAUGUUUG